CCCAUACAGGGCCAAAUCUCUCUCUACUCUUCUCCAAAUCUACUGAAAAAAAAAAAAAAAUGGAAACAGGAGAGAACUGUUCUAUUUCCGACUGGGAUCGACCCUUAACGGACCAAGAACUCGAAGCCAUCGAAGCUGCAUUCCAAUCCGCUACUACCUCGUCAUCUUCGACUUCUUCUCCAAUCAAGCAACGCCACGUUCCCACUCGGAACGACGGCGGAGACGGAGACCGCCCGACGGCUCGGCGGCGGUUGCCGGGCUCGAUCGCCAGUGAAUUCCGCCGAGGCGAUGGCUCUGGAAGUGAGAGCAAUUCGAUGAUGUGCGUCUCAGAUUCGUUCUCUCUAUUGCCGUGUCCGAGGAAUCGAUUUUUUGAUGCCUGUCAUUCUUCAACUCCAGCGAAGUUAAAGAUGAGAUACCCAACAAUGACUUUCAAAGGUCAAAUUGUGUAUAGCAGAACUUUUGGUGAUGUAGAGAAAGCUGCGAAAGAGCUUUUAGAGAUUGUUGAAACCAGAAAGAGAGGAGUGGAUCAGGUCAUUCUCGGAUUUGACAUUGAAUGGAGGCCCACAUUUAGAAGAGGUGUUUCACCUGGAAAGGCUGCAGUUAUGCAGAUAUGUGGGGACACUAGUCAUUGUUAUGUGAUGCAUAUAAUUCAUUCUGGAAUUCCUCAAAAUUUGCAAGCUCUUCUUGAAGAUCCUACUUCUGUGAAGGUGGGGGUGGGCAUUGUCAAUGAUGCUUUUAAGGUUUUCAAAGAUCAUAAUGUAUCUAUAAAAGGUUUGGAAGAUCUGUCUGGGCUAGCCAACCAAAAGCUUGGUGGAGAUCCGAAGAAGUGGAGUCUGGCAUCACUAACUGAAAUGCUUAUCUGCAAACAGCUUCCAAAGCCUGAAAAAAUUAGACUGGGAAACUGGGAGGCAGAUUUUUUAUCGAAGGAACAACUAGAAUAUGCUGCCACUGAUGCUUUUGUUUCUUGGUACCUACAUCAGGCGCUGAAUUGUCUCCCCGAUGCCGCUGAUAACAAAUGUGAAGAACUGGGAAAUGAGCCAUUACAAUGAUUGUUGUACUUUUAUUUAUUUAUUAUUUUACAGAUAGUUAUGUCGGCAUUGUCUUGUUGCUACAGAGUACUCAACAUCAGCUGUUAUUGUUGAAUUAACACAAUUUUCGAAUCCUGUUAGUAAAAAAAUAUCUAUUCAAUGGGGUCACCACCAUUGAUGAGAGAGGUCAUGGUAUUGUCCGAAUUUGAUCCGAAAAUGUGGGGUUAUCUCUGGGGCGGAUCAUGUUGAAGCUGUUAGUGCAUGGGAAGCAGUUCAAUUCACAACAGUUUGUGGCCUUCGUGUGUCUUCAAAUUACAGCGCAUGAGGCUGGGUUGCAAUGUAUGGACGUGGACAAGGUUCCACCAUCAGAUUUCAUUCUCAUGUUGUCUGAAGCAAUGAACUCUUUGUAAUCUUUUGGCUUGAUGCCCACAAUUGGAAAAAAAGAAAAGAAAAAAGAGUAGUGCUGAAAUUGCUAGAUUAUUCUUCAUAUAA